AACUCGGUCUCCACGGCACUGCUGGCCAGAUGAGGGAUGUUAUUUUGGGCAGUGCAUCUGAACUUGGUUCAAGUGGCACCAGCCAAAUCCCUGCCUUACUGACCUCUCCCCUGGAGGAUCAGGAGCAGCGCUCGAGGCCACCCUGGGAGGGCUGAGAGGCAGGCUCUGGACUGGGGACACAGGGAUAGCUGAGCCCCAGCUGGGGGUGGAAGCUGAGCCAGAGACAGUCACAGAGGAACAAGAUCAAGAUGCGCUUUAACUGAGAAGCCCCCAAGGCAGAGGCUGAGAAUCAGAAGACAUUUCAGCAGACAUCUACAAAUCUGAAGGACAAAACAUGGUUCAAGCAUCUGGGCACAGGCACAAAGAUCCAGGAAAUAUGGUGCGAGGAAGAUGAGAGGAAGAUAGCGCGAGAGUUCCUGGCCGAGUUCAUGAGCACAUAUGUCAUGAUGGGAUGGGGAACAUAGAGUGAGGAGCAGGUGUGCUGUGAGAUGGCAAACCUUCAACAGAGACUGAGACGCCCACGGAACACCAGGAGAGUUGCAGUGGGGAUUUGCAAAUAGGCAUCUGGCUCCCCCACGGAGAUGACGGGAAUUUCAGCACAUCAGGCAUAGCUGAGACUGUCUACGUGGUAAAACCAUGCCUGAAAAGACCUUUGGAAAAUCAGGAGGUUGCUGGAGCCCUUGGAGAGAGCUUUGGUGUCUGUGACAUGUGGAAGUGGAAGCCAGAUUGAGGAGGGGGUGCGAGGGAAGGGGUGAAGCAGCUGGCCAGUGUGUUCUCUCCUGCAGCCUGACUGAAACAGGGAGGGGGCAACCAGGAACCCACAGCUGGAGAAGGAUACUGGGCAGGGGUGGGACAGUUUGCUGGGAAGGAUGAGACUCCAGUGUGUGGGAGCCAAUCAAUGGGAGGAUGGAAGGUAUGGGGGAGACGGAGGCCUCUGCAGAGGGAGAGGAUAGCACAGGAGCCAGGGCUGAAGGGAACAGUGGCUCUAGACUGAGGGUAAUGGGCCUGAAGGUAGGCCCCUUCCCCUGUGAAGGCAGCAUUAUCUGAGGAGCCGUGAGGGAUGGGCAAGAAGCAGCAGCUUGGGAAUGCCGCCUGAGGUCAGUGGAAAUGAAGCUGAGGGCAAGACAGUUAGGGCCCCACUGUUCCAGCAUUGUGGGAAUUGCGGUGGAGUGUGUGUGUGUGUAGGGAGGGGUUCCUGGCAGAGUCAGGCAUGGACGGAUUUGGAGGUCCCUUGAAGAAACUUCCUUCAGGUCAGCCUGAAGUGUGAGGGACUCUGAGGGGGUGCAAUGCAUGGCAGCCAUCCCCCCCUCGCAGCCCUGCCUCACCCCAAAACUUCAGGUGGGCCUGGGGCUGAGGUGCUUGGAUGUUUGUAGUAAGAGCUUCUAACUCUGCCGCUCCACCCGGCUCUCAGUGGCUCAGGUCUGAGAGGCCUCAGCAGGGGCAAGGAGAGGAGGCAGUGAGGAGGGAAGGCUCUGGAGGAAGAGAGCAUGGCAGAGGGUCUUUGAGGCAACGCCAGGGAGGCCCAGGGCAUGGGGGUGAGGAGCUAGAACUGAGCUCUGAGCCCUCUUCUGAGGUUGGGGCUUCUGGGCAGGCAGCCCCCUUAGAGGCCCUCCCUUGUAGGUAUUCGGCCUUGGUUCCGUGGCCCAUAUGCUUCUAAAUAAAACAUUUGGGAGCUACCUUGGUGUCAACUUGGGUUUCGGCUUCGGAGUCACCAUGGGAGUGCACGUGGCAGGCUGCAUCUCUGGAGCCCACAUGAACGCAGCUGUGAGCUUCACUAACUGUGCACUGGGCCGUGUGCCCUGGAGGAAGUUUCCAGUCUAUGUGCUGGGGCAGUUCCUGGGCUCCUUCCUGGCGGCUGCCACCAUCUACAGUCUCUUCUACACGGCCAUUCUCCACUUUUCGGGUGGAGAGCUGAUGGUGACCGGUCCCAUUGCUACAGCUGGCAUUUUUGCCACCUACCUUCCUGAUCACAUGACAUUGUGGCGGGGCUUCCUGAAUGAGGAGUGGCUGACCGGGAUGCUCCAGCUGUGUCUCUUUGCCAUCACGGACCAGGAGAACAACCCAGCACUGCCAGGAACACACACGCUGGUGAUAGGCAUCCUCGUGGUCAUUAUCAGGGUGUCCCAUGGCAUGAACACAGGAUAUGCCAUCAAUCCGUCCUGGGACCUGCCCCCCCCCCGCAUCUUCACCUUCAUUGCUGGUUGGGGCAAACAGGUCUUCAGGUGGCAUCAUCUACCUGGUCUUCAUUGGCUCCACCAUCCCACGGGAGCCCCUGAAAUUGGAGGACUCUGUGGCAUAUGAAGACCACGGGAUAACCGUAUUGCCCAAGAUGGGAUCUCAUGAACCCAUGAUCUCUCCCCUUACCCUCAUCUCCGUGAGCCCUGC